GAUCCAGCCUCCUGACUGACGUGUGUCAGUGAUCUGCAGCUGUUGGAUAUUAAACCCACUAUCUGCCCCAAAGCAAAGCGACAGCUCUCUUUCAGUUUGUUGGCUAAACAGCGUUUCAUAGCUCAAGCUCGUCACAGUUUCCUGUGUGGUGUGCAGUGUGUCAGUUUGAUCACGAAGACACACACACACACACACACACACUGACCGACUCUUCUGCUUAAUGUGUCCUUCACUAAAGGCAGCUGAAUCAAAAUCAACCAGCAGGUCCAAAUAAUCCGAAAUGUCAAACCCAGUGGUGUCCCAACAACCAGGUGCAGGCGGCUAUGGGACAAACGUCCAAACAGGUGAAUGGAGCACGGGCCUGUGCUCCUGCUGCAGUGACCUGCUUGUCUGUGCUCUUGGCUGCUUCUGUCCAAUUGCAUUGAGCUGCUACACAGCAGAUAAGUAUGGAGAAAACUGCUGCUUGGGUUGUGUGCCAGGAGGCUUGACAGCAAUGAGGACUCAUAUGAGACUGACCUAUGGUAUUCAGGGAACAGUAUGCAACGAUGCCUUGAUGUCCUUUUUCUGCGGGCUCUGCGAGUUGUGCAGGAUGGCACGAGAAAUCCGCAUCAGGAAUGGAGACAUCACACUGUAACGAGACAUUAAGGUUUUUUUGGGGCAGCUCUAAACUGUAUCAUUCCCAUCGGUUGAUUAUUUCAUAGCUUUUUCGUCAAUAGCAAAUGCAGGAUUCAACUAAAGAAAUAUGCAAUUUAAUGUAUUAAAUCAGAUUUUUAACCUUUAGCUUUAGCUGUGUUACAGUGUGACAAAAGUGUUACUGCUAUUCUGCAAGAGUGUAAAUAAAUUGCAUUGCUCAACCUCUCACAGCAUGAUCAACUGCAUUUCAACAUAAACCAUUUUGACAGCGCUGUCAAUAAAAAUGUGAUUGUUUA